AUGGCCCCUAUUACAUUGUCCCAGCCUCAUGGCCGUGCACUGAACGGGGGAGAUCUGCUUGCUCAGUGCCUCCGAACGCUGGGUGUUGAGGUCGCCUUUGGACUCGGUGGUGGACACUUGGAUGCUUUCUUACUCGGCUGCGAGGAAAAUAACAUUCGACUUGUCGAUACCCGGCAUGAGACUGUUUCGGUCCAGGCCGCAGAAGGUUAUUACCGGGUUUCUGGCAAGGUUGGGGUCAGUUUCGUGACUGCAAACAGCGGCUUCUCUAACGCUCUUCCUGGGCUUGCAUCGGCUUCCGCUGACAAGAACGGUAUCUGUGUCCUCACGUCGUCGCAGCCGCAGAAGGAUAUCGACACCAAUGGGCUGCAGGGGGCUCACGAUCAGAUCUUAGUUGCGAAACCGAUCACCAAGUUUGCCCAUCGUGUUUUUCGUAGCGAGGAGAUUCCGCGCGUGGUCGCCCACGCUUUUCGGGCUGCUGCUGCCGGAGGGCCCGGUCCGGUCCUGGUCGAUGUCCCCCUGGACGUCAUGGUGGCCCCGGUUAAUCAAGAGGGCAUCGCAUGGGGUGCGCUCGCGGACCCUCCGACUUAUCUGCCCUGUCCACACGAGGACGCAGUGGAGGCGUUAAUCCAGCUAUGGAGUAACGCCAAGCGGCCAGCGAUAAUCGCAGAGAUUAUCGGUCGCGGAAACAAGUCGACUAGUCUAGAAAGGCUGGCAGAAAAUUCAUCUACCCCUGUCUUCCACAAUCUCAACUAUGGCCCAGCGAUUCCCUACCAGCACCCACUCCAGGCAGGGCCAUCGAACCAGCUUUCGAGGCUAUCAGCGCAAGCUUCACGGCCUGACCUGAUAAUCCUUCUCGGGACCCGUCCUAGUACAUUUACCGGCGGAAGAGGAGGUCUUGUUCUUCCAAAGGAAGGCUGCAAGAUCGUUCAGAUUGACGUUGACGGGCACGAAAUUGGCAAACACCAUCGAGUCGACUUGGGUCUGAUAUCAGACCCCGAGCAGGCAGUCCACGCCUUGAAUCGCCAACUUGAAGGCAGUCAACUGAUGGCCCAUGAAGACUGGGUGAAGCUUGCGACGGGGCUCAAAUCUCAGCCCUUGAAGAAUUUCGAGGACGAACCUGCUUCAUCGAGCACAGGUCUCAACCCAUUCCAUGCCGUCAGAGAGUUGUUCAUCUCUGCGGAACCAGGCGCAAUUGUCUGUUCCGAUGGCGGUGAGAGCUCUUACUGGGGCAUUGAUCUUGCACCCUACAACGACGCACAUCUUGUCAUGUACGCAUGUGGCAUCACCGGGUUUCUGGGUAACGGCUGGGGCUAUGCUUUGGGCGCCGCCAUUGCAGAGCCUGAUCGACAAGUCAUUAACAUCCAAGGAGAUGGGUCCGCAGGUUUUCACAUUGCGGAGCUUGACACGUACGCACGCUUCAAGCUGAAUAUUCUCACCGUCAUUGUGAACAACAACCUGUGGGGGAUGUCGUGGCACGCCCAAGAUAUCAACUACGCCGACAAAAUCAAGAACAGGCCAAUCUCGCUUCUCAGUGCGGGUACAUCUUACCAGACAGUAGCCCGUGGAUUUGAGAAUGCUGCUGCCAAGGUGACUCGUAUUGAGGAUAUUGGCCCGACUGUCAAAACGCUGUCGGCUUCGGAUGGACCAGCUUUGAUCGAACUCGUUGUUUCCGAAGCACCCGUACAUCCGGGACUAACAUCAUUGGUUCGAGGAAAUAGUGAUCCAGCAUUGCCUCCAUACUUUGGCUAG